GCGACGCUGUUUUAGCUCUAGCGAACAUUCACGCUGCGGUGACCCGAGCGGCGACCGUGGCAUAAAGUAAAGGUUUUUUCUAGUUGUUUAUAGAUACUGUCCUUAACCUUGUAGUAAUCUGUGUGGAUAGAACCGUGAGAGGCGAGUUGUCUGCCGGCGUUGACCGAACAUGUGGAGCUCAGGCCGCCGCGUUCUUCAGGACCUGCUCAGCCCGGCGGCUGUCAGGAGUCUGUCUCUGACUCCUGCUCAGAACACAGUUGUGGUGGAGCGAUGGUGGCAGGUCCCGCUGUCCAAAGUAGGCAGCCCACCAAGGCUUCACCCGCGAAGACAUAGGGUCUACAAGUUGGUUGAAGACACCAGCAAGGCUCCCAAGGAGAAGAUGGAGCUCAUUCUUACUCAGACAGUACCGAAGCUCGGUGGCCGAGGAGACACUGUGUUUGUGCAGAAAUCCGUUGGCAGAAACAAGCUGCUGCCUCAGGGUCUCGCAGCGUAUCCAUCCCCAGACAACAAGCAGAUGUUUGAGGAGGAGUUAAGGCUUCUGAAGGAGGGGAAGCCAGAGGACAGAGUCCAAACCCGCACUGGACAAAUGACGGUGGAGUUCCUCAAACACUCCCAGCUGAAGAUAAACAAAAUGCCCUCUGAAGAAUUCAAACUCACUAAAGAGGUCGUCUGUAGACAGUUUCUCAAGAAGCUGGGAGUUGUAGUGCCACCUCAUGCACUCAGUCUUCCAUUUGAGCCGAUCAAGGACGUGGGUGACUACUGGUGUGAAGUGAUGGUUAAUGGAAUAAACACAGUUCGCGUCCCGAUGUCCCUGGUGCCAUAUGAAGACCCGUCUUUAAAGUAUCGGCAGGAGUUGAAGAGACAAAAGCAGCAGCAGGAGGCCGCACCCACGUCAGAGGUCGCUGACGAAGAUGAAGCUCUUGUGAAGGCAGUUUCUGAUGCAGCAGUGGAGACUGAAGCUGGUAAAGACUCUGUGAGUGAAGCAGCUUCUGCUGCUGAGGAAACAGCCUCCUCUAGGCAGACAACUCAAGACACAACAUCACCACCAAGUGACAGCCCAAAAAAAGAUUAGGAAGGAAUCCAAACGAAGACAACAUACAGUGGAUUAUGUUUACCUAUAAUACACAUUAUACCUGAAUUAAAAAAACAGUUGUUGGUUGAAUUAUUAAAAUCUCUUACAUCUGGCUGGCAAUUCAACACAAUGUCUUGUCAAGUAAAUCAGUCUAAUUCUGGUGGUUAUGGAUUUAACAUGAAAUAAUAUGCAAGAAUAUGCUAAACUAAUUUUAGGACAACAGUGUAGUUUAGUAUGGUGGGAAAUAAAAGGUUGUCUGUUC